AUGUCUGGUUUAUCAGGACAACAAUAUAUUCUCAGCAGUUUCCCUCCUCUCCUUCAGAUUCACUCUUUUCUGAGGAGCACCUGUUUCAACAAUAGUGCAGGAGAAGAAAUCUAUUUUGAAAACAACGGGGAGCUGUCAGGAGGAUAUGACCUCAUCAACUUGGUCACCUUCCCCAAUGGGUCCUUCCACAGAGUGCUAGUUGGAAGGGUGGACCGCGGGGCUACUGCAGAGGAUGGAUUCAACUUAAAUGGAAGUGCCAUUGUGUGGAAUCACAAGUUUAAUCAGGUAGGAAGGUUGAUCCUCAUUGUCAGCUCAUUCCACAGAGUCACAGUUGGAAGUGUGAAACCUCAAGAUACUCUGGAAGAUGGGAUUAACUUGAAUGGAAGCGCCAUUGUGUGGAAUCAGAAGUUUAAUCAGUUCAUAAGAGUGAUGAGCAAAGUGCUCUAUAAAGUGCCAGAAAGUGCCAGAUCAGUGAGAAGCCUUGUUACCAAAAACUUCCAGCAUGCUCUUGCUUUUGCUUGUGCCAUUGACGAAAUCAACACAGAUGCUCAAUUGCUACCAAACAUUACACUGGGAUUCAUGAUUAAAGACGAUAUUUUUGAUUCAAAAGAAACCACUUGGAAACUUCUGCAAAUCCUUUGUAAUGGACAAGUGGCUCCUCCCAAUUACAUCUGUGCCAGUGAAGAGAAAUUGAUGGCUGUCAUUGGUGGCCUCACCUCUCCAAACUCCAUGCAGGGGGCCCAUAUUUUAAAUUCCUACAAAAUCCCUCAGUUCAGCUAUGGCUCCUUUGAUCCUGUGCUGAGAGAUAAAAGUCGCUUUCCAGCUUUCUAUCAGAUGGUGCCAAGGGAAGAUCUUCAGUAUGCUGGGAUUGUGCAGCUCCUGAUACAUUUUGGGUGGACCUGGAUUGGCUUCCUUGUUUCAGAUGAUGAGAGUGGAGAAACCUUCCUUCGAGCGCUGAGGCCAAGGCUCCUCCAGAGCAAGAUUUGCCUUGCUUGGACGCAGGUGAUCCCAUUGAUGUCAGCAUUUUCCUCAGCAGAAACAUAUGAAGACAAAAUGAGACCCAUGGAAUCAACUCUCCUACUCAGUGAAAUCAGUGUGUUUCUUGUCUAUGGUGAUAAUCAAUCUAUGGAGGGCUUACGAAUAAUGUUAUACCGGAAUGAGAUUUUACACCUGCGCCCUUUGGAAAAGGUGUGGAUCACAACAGCAGAAUGGGAUAUGACUGCCGUACAUUUUGGGGAGAAAUUCACCUCCAAGUCCUUCCAUGGUGCUUUGUCCUUUAGACUCCACUCAAAUGUGGUGCCAGGAUUUCAGGACUUUCUGGAGACUCUAAAUCCAUAUCAGUUAAAUAGUUCUGUCAUCAAUUUUUUCUGGUUCACUGCAUUUCAGUGUUUAUUCCCUGAAGAGAAUUUUUACCCCAGAAACCUGGAGAUGUGCACAGGGAAGGAGAAGCUGGGGAGCCUUCCAGGAUCUGUGUUUGAAAUGGGCAUGUCUGGCCAGAGCUACAAUGUCUACAAUGCUGCCUAUCUGGUUGCUCAUUCUCUGCAUGCCAUAGAUCUGCUUCACCCCUUUCUGAGAAGCACCCACUUCAAUAAUGGUGCAGGAGAAGAAAUCUUUUUGGAUGGAAAUGGGGAGCUGUCAGGAGGACAUGACCUCAUCAACUUGGUCACCUUCCCCAAUGGGUCCUUCCACAGAGUGCUAGUUGGAAGGGUGGACCGCGGGGCUACUGCAGAGGAUGGAUUCAACUUAAAUGGAAGUGCCAUUGUGUGGAAUCAAAAGUUUAAUCAGAUGAUGCCCAGGUCCAGGUGUGUGGAGAGCUGCCACCCUGGGCAGAGCAUGAUUGUCCAGGAGGAGAAGCCGGAGUGCUGCUACAAUUGCCUUGCAUGCCCUCAAGCUAGGUUUUCAACACAGAUGGAUGCAGAGCAGUGUAAGAUGUGUCCCGAAGAUGAGUAUCCUAACAAGGAGCAGGACCAGUGUAUUCCCAAAGGAAUCAACUACCUCUCUUAUAAGGAGCCCUUGACAGUAGUUUUGUUGUCUUUCGCAUGUGUCCUCUCUGUUGCCACAGUGAUUCUGCUCAUGAGCUUCAGACUGAACUGGGACACCCCCAUCGUUAAGGCCAACAACAGAAGCAUCACAUGUGCCUUGCUCUCCUCUCUUAUGCUGUGCUUCCUCUGCUCCUUUCUGUUCAUUGGGAGGCCUGGGAAGGUGACCUGCCUUCUGAGGCAAAGUGUCUUUGGCAUCAUCUUCUCCAUUGCUGUGUCUUGUGUGUUAGCAAAGACUAUCAUGGUGGUGUUGGCCUUCAGGGAGACUAAGCCUGGAAACAGCAUGAGGAAAUGGGUGGGGAAGAGACUGGCAGCUUCUGUCAUCGUUCUCUCUUCACUCAUUCAAGCUGGCAUCUGUGUUGUGUGGCUGGCAACUUUUCCCCCCUUUCCUGAGUUAGACAUGUGGUCCCAGGGAGAUGAAAUCAUAGUUCAAUGCAAUGAAGGCUCAAGUGCCAUGUUCUGCCUUGUCCUGGGGUACAUGGGGUUUCUGGCCACCAUCAGCUUCACGGUGGCUUUCUUUGCCAGGAAGUUGCCUGAUACCUUCAAUGAAGCCAAGUUGAUCACCUUCAGCAUGCUGGUCUUCUGCAGUGUGUGGGCAUCAUUUGUGCCCACCUACCUUAGCACCAAGGGGAAGUACAUGGUGGCUGUAGAGGUCUUCUCCAUCCUGGCCUCUGGUGCUGGCUUGCUGGCCUGUAUCUUCCUCCCCAAGAUCUAUAUCAUCAUUCUGAGGCCUGAGCUGAACACUAGGGAGCAGUUAUCCAGGAGGAAGAGAUCUUAG